UCCGACAUCGGGUUUCGGACGCCGUCCGACGACGGGUAUUGGGCGAGGUCCGACGACGGAUUUCAGACGCCGUCCGACGGGUUUCGGACGAGGUCCGACACCGGAUUUCGGACGCCGUCCGCUGUCAGGUUUCGGACGAGGUCUGACAAUGAAUUUCAGACGUCGUACGACGUCUGGUUUCGGAUGCCGUCCGAACUCCAGCAUCGGACCGCGGCUUCUGGUCUAAACUGGAGCUUCUACCUUCUCCCUCCCCUUCCUGUUAUUGUUUUUCGUCUAUGUUGUGCUUGGGUUUGAAGAAGACGAUGAUGAUGGUUAACGCCGAGCCGACGCCAAGGAUAUGGGAACGACGAAGACGAUGAUUCGACGACGAACAGAGAAUGAAGAUGGGGGAUUCGAUCACAGGCAGAAGAUAAAGACGAUCAGAAGGCUAGCGAGCUAAGAGAUAAAUCGUUGUGGUAGGGUGGUUUGCAGUCGGGGACGUACUUCGCCGGCGUGAAGGAGAAAAAAUACCAGUCGGGGAGUCUUCAAAGGGCAAGGGAAUUGGCGAGUCAU